CAUCAUUGUUAUUUUCAGUGGAGCUGCAGCUUAGAGGUGGAUAAAGUUCGUCUCCACGUUGGAAGUGAUUGAAAGUAUUUGUCGUUUUCAGGCUCCGAUUUGACUUUUUCCAAUAAGACGGUGAAAGUGAGAAGCGGAGAAGAAGCAGCGGCUCGGAGGCGACGGAAGCCUGUUUGUCCAUGACCGUCCGGUUCUGAGCAGGGGGCGAAAGUUUUCUCGGGACGCAAAGUUGUCAAGUGAGUUGAACUUCAACAAUAGACGGCCUCUGUCUCCGGAGAGUGGACAGGUUGUGUCUGAACGAAUGUAAACAGUAAAAAUUGGGACUAUUUACGGAACAAAAACCUUCACAGCGAUUCCAACUUAUGUCUGGGAAAAUGGAAGCAACUUUUUAUGAUGAAAACGCCUCCAACCCUCAGCAUGACGGAACGGGAGUGUUCGGCUUCAACCCGAAAACCCUCAAGCAGAGCAUGACUCUGAACCUGAACGAUCCGAAAAACUUCAGGCCCCAGCUGGGCGCGAAGGCCCUGGACAUCCUGACGUCCCCUGACGUGGGGCUGCUGAAGCUGGCCUCGCCGGAGCUGGAGAGGCUGAUCAUCCAGUCCUGUAACGGGCUCACGACCCCCACCCCCACCCAGUUCGUCUGUCCCAAGAAUAUCACGGAUGAGCAGGAGGGCUUUGCCGAAGGGUUUGUGAGGGCUUUGGCUGAGCUCCACUACCAGCAGAUCCCCGCCGCCCACCCCGACGCACAGACCGGUGCGUCAGGCGCGGCUGCGUGCGAGAGCGGCGGGAUUCCCUACAGCUGCACGGUGCGCACGGAACCACCGGAAUACACCAACCUCGCCGCUUUCAGCCGAACGGUGGGCUCCGUUUCCGCACCUGUCGGGGAGAGGAACCCGCCUACAGGUUAUCCAGCUGCCCCGCAGCCGCCCCACAACCUCACGGACCCCCAGCUGGGGACAGCGCAGCACCCGCGGCUGCAGGCGCUCAAGGAAGAGCCGCAGACGGUCCCCGAGAUGGCCGGCGACACUCCGCCGCUCUCCCCGAUAGACAUGGAGACGCAGGAGCGCAUCAAGGCGGAGCGGAAGCGCAUGAGAAACAGAGUGGCCGCGUCUAAAUGCCGGAAAAGGAAGCUGGAGAGGAUCUCCCGGCUAGAGGAGAGGGUCAAGAACCUGAAGACCCAAAACACGGAGCUGGUGUCCUCCGCUAACGUCCUCCGGGACGAGCUGGCUCUGCUCAAGCAGAAGGUCAUGGACCACGUCAACAGCGGCUGUCAGCUGAUCCUGACGCAGCAGCUCCAGGCCUACUAGACCACCGCGGCUACAGAAGGGACCAAAUGCAACUUCAGGUGGCUGCUGGAGACUUUUUAGGAACAUCACAGCCACCCCACUAACCCAGACUCUCUGAUGGCGUUUGGCUUGUAAAUGUGAUUUAUUACAGAUCAGAAGCCAUAAGAAUUGUUGUCCAGGCGCACAGACGAACUCUGCUCUACUAGUCUUCCUGUUCUGUUAUUUGCACACAACAGACUUGUUUCCAGUCGGAUCACAGCACGGGGACACCCGAUCUCCGGACUUCCGUUUGGAGCCGAUUCUGGUCACAUAAAUGUAUAAAACACUACCAGCUUUCACUCCCACGGCUGCGUGUAGCGGGUUACUGACGGCUGCCUUACUUUCAUAAACUUCUACUCAUACUAUAGUAUCAUUGUUAGACCUGAAAUAACACUUUGUAAUAUUUUGUACGCUACGUUUUGAGCACUUAACUGUAAAUAAGGCAAAAAAUAAAAACAUACUUAAAAUGAAAA